AUGUCGCAAUUCGAGGACGACGGCUUAUCAUUUCCUCUUCCUCGUUUUCUUCUUGAGGCGUUGGCGGAGCUUAAGAUGGCGUUUACCCAGAUGGCGCCCAACUUUUUUCGCUAUUACUUGGCCUCCUGGGUCCGAGCUCAGGAGGAAGGUCUUGAGUUCGGCCUCAGGGAGUUGAAGCAAUUGUUCGCUAUAAAGCGGAACAAUGGCUUUCCUAGCACGAUGAUUCUUGCUCCUCGCUCUGGUCGUGUUAUUAUUGAAGGCAUUCCCAAUAAAGAUGAACGAUGGAGAGAAACGUUCUUUGUUUUUAAGGUUAACCCGGAGUCGGUCGGGGAUUUUGACUUUGAGAGGAUCCCUAGGGAAUGGUCUGACGACAUUGAGCCCUUCGGCCCUGCGCCCAUGACUCCUGAGCUUUGUGGGUUAAUGGCUACUUUGAGACGUGGCAGUCCUCGAUGGCUCGCUUUUACUCAUGACCGAAUUCGAACCGAUUAUGCUCUCCCGCCGGGUGUGAACCGUGCUGCUCAUGUUGCCUUGGUAGCUCCCGUUCGGCCCAAGAAAGGUCGUGGCAACAAGAGGAAGAAGGAGAAGGAGGUGUUGCUCGAUCGUUCUGAUGAGUCUUCUGAGGUUGGGUCGUUAGAGCGAGCUCAGAAAGUUCAGCGCGGGCCGGUUCUUAGAUCGAGGUCGCAUGUUCAGUCUCCUGGCCUUCUGGCUAGGCCGGUGUCGAUUGUUAUCCCUGCCGGUGGGACUCGUAAGGCAUCGGAUAACUCGGCGAGUUCUGCUGGCGAUCGAGCUCUUAACGACGAGGUCGAUUCAUUGACUCACCGGCGUCGACAUCGGGUCUUGGAGGAGAUUAGCACUGUGACUUCGGGGUCAUCGAGCUCGGGACUUCCUCCACCGUUACGCAACCCCGAUUCCCUCGCUGCAAUCUGGCGUAAGAUCAGAGCGGAAGGAUGCGAGCUCCCUUCUCUGGAGCGUAUGCGACAGCGUGAUGCCUAUGUUCCGAUGGCAGUUGCGAAUCCCAAGGCUAUGGAGGCGAGCAACGAAUACGCCGCUUUGAUGGAGGGGCGAUUGGCUAAUUUUCCAUGUAAGGAAGAGAUUGCGGGUCAUCUUCCCACGAUCCAACAACUUCGAGAUGAUGUUUUCCAAAAUGAAGCUGGUUACCGUGGUAGAGGUGAUGUUGGAGAAUGCUUCCGCUUCGAUCCACUUGGUGAAAUAGUCGGUUCAUACUAG